UUCCCGAACUCUCAUUAUGAAUGCAAUCCUAGAAAAUGAAUUCAUGAAGAAUUUAGAGGAAGCAAAGAUCAAAGAGAUAACGGACUGCAUGUAUCCCACGGAGUACGCGAAGGAUCACUUUAUCAUCAAAGAAGGAGAGGUGGGAUCUGUUGUGUAUGUCAUGGAGGAGGGCAGCGUUGAGGUGAGCAAAGGGGGCAAGUUUUUGUCCAAAAUGGGCCCUGGUAAAGUGUUUGGUGAACUCGCUAUACUCUACAACUGCACCCGAACUGCUACAGUCAAAGCUCUCACCGACUGUAAGCUAUGGGCGAUUGAGAGACAGUGUUUCAAAGCGAUUAAUGUGAGGACGGGUCUCAUCAGGCAGAAGGAGUACAUGGAUUUCCUGAAGACUGUUCCCACGUUCAGGAAACUGCCCGACGAGACGAUCAUGAAAAUAGUGGAUGUGCUCGAAGAGACCACUUACCAAAAGGGAGAUUACAUCAUAAGACAGGGCGGUCGGGGCGACACCUUCUUUAUCAUAAGCAAAGGAACAGUUAAAGUGACUCUUAAAGAGGUGUUGUCUCAGAGUGCAAAUGGCGAGGGAAUGGAUUACAACGUUCCCGAGAAAUUCAUCCGAACCCUAAAUCGCGGAGAAUUCUUCGGUGAACGUGCCCUACAGGGGGACGAUAUCCGCACGGCUAACAUAAUCGCAGAUUCAGACUCUGGUGUCAGUUGUUUGGUCAUCGAUAGAGAAUCAUUUAAUCAUCUGAUUAGCAAUUUGGAUGACAUUAAGACUAAACGAUAUGAGGAAGACGUGAUUGAGAGACGGAAACUGAACGAGCAGUUCGCGGGCAUUGCAUUGAUUGAUUUGAGAAAAGUAGCCACUCUUGGAGUGGGAGGUUUUGGUCGCGUAGAGUUGGUUACGUUAGCCACCGAUCAGACUAAGAGUUUUGCGCUGAAAGUCAUGAAAAAGGCUCAGAUCGUAGAGACGAGACAACAGCAGCACAUCUUAAGUGAAAAGCAAAUUAUGAUGGAAUCUAACUGUGAUUUCAUUGUCAAACUGUACAAAACAUUCAAAGAUGCCAAAUAUUUAUAUAUGUUAUUGGAGUCCUGUUUGGGGGGCGAGCUGUGGACUAUACUCAGAGAUCGGGGACAUUUCGAUGAGACGACGACCCGCUUCUAUGUCUCGUGUGUUAUCGAAGCGUUUGAUUACUUGCACUCACGAAACAUCAUAUACCGCGACCUCAAGCCAGAGAACAUGCUUUUGGAUCAGUUCGGGUUCGCGAAGCUCACGGAUUUCGGAUUCGCUAAACGCCUGUUACCGCCCGGCCGUAAGACUUGGACUUUCUGCGGAACUCCGGAAUACGUGGCGCCAGAAAUUAUUCUUAACCGCGGACACGACUAUUCUGCUGAUUAUUGGUCAUUAGGAGUGCUUAUGUUUGAAUUGCUUACCGGAACACCUCCGUUCACAGGACCCGAUCCCAUGAAGACGUAUAACAUAAUACUGAAAGGCAUCGACGCCAUAGACUUCCCCCGCACGGUGUCCCGCAACUCGACGAACCUCAUCAAGAAGUUGUGUCGAGACAACCCCGCGGAGAGACUCGGAUACCAAAAGGGAGGCAUUGAAGACAUCAAAAAACAUAAAUGGUUUGAUGGUUUCUAUUGGGAAGGUCUCAAAACCCGUACUCUCGUUCCUCCAAUAGUGCCACUCAUCCGAAGUGCAAUCGACAACUCAAACUUCGAUCAGUACCCGCCCGACACGGAUGGCGAUCCCUUGGAUGAUAUGACCGGUUGGGACGACGACUUUUAACUCUUUGUUAUACUAACGAUUAAAAUGAGAUGUUUUAGGAUUUUAUUUGAAUUAUAUUGAGUUUUUGAAGAUUUAUAUAUAUUUUCUUUGUUAUAAUUGUUAGCAAAUUAGAGGCAUUUUAUUUUAGAAAAGCAAUUUAUUCAUAAUAAUGUAAAUUAAUUCAUACGAAACGCAUAAUAAAGUUUAAGUCAACGCCUG